GUUCUGCCCGAGCCUUGCGUGUGGCCUCAAUGUGAAAUGAAAGUAGAAGACUCCAUCUGUACGCGCAUUGCUGUCUGGGUGCUGAUGCACUGGUCAUGCCUGGAGAGGGAGGCUCUGUCCUAGACAGCUGACUGCGGCACAGUCAGUGCGCUCCCUCCAUGUCCAGCGCCUCCCGCCACUGCUGGAGUGAAGACCCCCACCGGGCCCCUGCAGGGCCUCCGCUGUGGGCCGUGCUCUGUCCGUCGAGGGUGCCAGCCACCUAACUUCAUGCACCUGUCUGCGCCCUCCCCGUGGAUGCUUCGCCACCUGAGAGCCCCUCUGUUCUUGUCCCGGCCCUGUGUCUGCUUCUGACAUGUCGCUGCUCCAUGCUUUGGGCCCCGUGCAGACCUGGCUGGGACAAGAGCUGGAGAAAUGUGGCAUCGAUGCCAUGAUCUAUACACGCUAUGUUCUCAGUCUUCUGCUGCAUGACAGCUAUGACUACGACCUGCAGGAACAGGAGAAUGACAUCUUCCUGGGUUGGGAGAAAGGAGCUUGUAAGAAAUGGGGAAAGAGUAAGAAGAAGUCUUCAGACCUAACUCUAGAGGAAAUGAAAAAGCAGGCUGCUGUCCAGUGUCUUCGAUCUGCUUCUGACGAAAGCUCUGGAAUCGAGACCUUAGUGGAGGAACUCUGCUGCAGACUGAAAGACCUGCAGAGUGAGCAAGAAGAGAAGAUUCACAAAAAGUUGGAGGGGUCUCCCUCUCCAGAGGCGGAAUUAUCCCCCACAGCAAAGGAUCAAGUGGAGAUGUAUUAUGAAGCAUUUCCACCACUUUCUGAGAAACCAGUUUGCCUGCAAGAAAUCAUGACCGUGUGGAACAAGUCCAAGGCCUGUUCUUACUCCAGCUCCUCUUCGUCAUCUACAGCACCCCCAGUGAGCACAGACACGUCCUCUCCCAAGGACUGCAACAGUGAAAGCGAAGUCAUCAAGGAAAGAAGCACCGUGCAUGAGAAAGCCCAGAGCAGAAGCAGACAUGAGAAGGAGAACAAACUGAGUAAUGGCACUGUGGAAGAAAAGCCCGCCUUGUACAAAAAGCAGAUCCGACACAAACCAGAAGGAAAAAUGCGCCCUCGUUCCUGGUCCUCUGGCUCCAGUGAAGGAGGCUCAAGUUCAAGUGGUAAUCAGGGAGAAAUCAAAGCAUCCAUGAAGUACGUUAAAGUCAGACACAAGGCGCGAGACAUUCGAAACAAGAAAGGGCGGAAUGGGCAAAGCAGGCUGCCCCUGAAGCACAGUGAGAAGGCAGAGAGGAGUGUGCAUGCAGGCAGCGGCAGUAGCAGCAGCAGUGGGUCCAUCAGACAGCUGUGCAAGCGGGGUAAGCGACCAGUGAAGGAGGCAGGGAGAAAAGAUCCUGGGAGCACUGGAGGAAAAGAGCUGUAUGCGGAGAGCAGAAACAACAAGGAGUAUAAAGAGGAGCCGUUGUGGUACACCGAACCGAUUGCUGAGUAUUUUGUUCCUUUGAGCAGAAAAAGUAAACUAGAGACCACAUACCGCAACAGACAGGAUGCAAGUGCUCUGACCCCAGAGGUGGUGGAAAACUUGUCUGAAUCAGUGCAUGGUCUUUGUAUCAGCAACAAUAGUACUCACAAAACAUACCUCGCAGCAGGUACUUUCAUUGAUGGUCAUUUUGUAGAAAUGCCUGCAGUUAUAAAUGAGGAUAUUGACCUCACUGGGACCUCAUUAUGUUCUCUGCCAGAGGACAACAAAUACCUAGAUGAUAUUCAUCUGUCAGAAUUAACACACUUCUACGAAGUGGAUAUUGAUCAAUCCAUGUUGGAUCCUGGUGCCUCAGAAACAAUGCAAGGAGAAAGUCGGAUCUUGAAUAUGAUUCGACAAAAAAGCAAGGAGAAUACAGAUUUUGAGGCAGAAUGUUGCAUAGUGUUAGAUGGUAUGGAGUUGCAAGGGGAACGUGCAAUAUGGACAGAUUCUACCAGCUCUGUGGGUGCAGAGGGCUUGUUCCUGCAAGACCUCGGCAAUCUGGCUCAGUUUUGGGAGUGCUGUUCGUCUAGCUCUGGUGAUGCCGAUGGAGAGAGCUUUGGAGGUGACUCUCCAGUUAGACUUUCUCCCAUCUUGGACAGCACAAUGCUCAAUUCACACUUGCUUGCUGGCAAUCAAGAGCUCUUUUCAGAUAUUAAUGAAGGAUCUGGUAUAAACUCUUGUUUUUCAGUGUUUGAAGUGCAAUGCAGUAAUUCUGUUUUACCAUUUUCUUUUGAAACACUCAACUUGGGAAAUGAAAAUUCAGAUUCUAGUGCUAAUACACUUGGGAAAACACAAUCUAGAUUGCUAAUAUGGACCAAAAAUAGUGCCUUUGAAGAAAAUGAACACUGUUCUAAUCUUUCAACAAGAACUUGUAGUCCGUGGUCCCAUUCAGAAGAAACACGUUCAGACAACGAGACGUUGAACAUUCAGUUUGAAGAAUCCGCACAGUUUAAUGCAGAUGAUAUUAAUUAUGUAGUUCCUAGAGUCUCGUCAAAUUAUGUAGAUGAAGAACUUCUAGAUUUUUUGCAAGAUGAAACUUGCCAGCAAAACAGUAGAACGUUAGGAGAAAUUCCAACUUUAGUUUUCAAGAAAAGAUCUAAACUAGAAUCUGUCUGUGGUAUUCAGCUAGAACAAAAAACAGAAAACAAAAAUUUUGAAACUACACAAGUAUGUAGUGAAAGCAGUCCACAUGGAGAUGGCUACAGCUCAGGGGUUAUUAAAGACAUUUGGACAAAGAUGGCAGAUAGAAAUUCUGUGGCUACAGUAGAAAUAGAAAGAAUUGACGAUGAGUUGUUUUCAAUAGAUGUAAAUAACUACUGCUGCUGUUUAGAUGCUGAAGCGAAAAUGGAGACCCUUCAGGAGCCCAGCAGGGCAGUGCAGAGAUCCGAAUAUCACCUCUGGGAGGGACAGAAAGAGAACCUGGAGAAGAGAGUCUUUGCCUCCAGUGAGCUCUCCAAGGUGGACGGUGGUGAUUACACCACGCCUUCAAAACCUUGGGAUGUGGCCCAGGAUAAAGAGAACGCGUUCAUUCUUGGGGGAGUCUAUGGAGAACUCAAAACCUUCAGUAGCGAUGGGGAAUGGGCAGUUGUGCCGCCGGGCCACACAAAAGGAAGCUUGCUACAGUGUGCAGCUUCCGAUGUUGUGACCAUAGCUGGGACAGACGUCUUUAUGACCCCAGGAAACAGCUUUGCCCCUGGUCACAGGCAGUUGUGGAAACCCUUCAUGUCAUUUGAACAGAAUGAUCAGCCGAAGAGUGGGGAAAAUGGGUUAAGUAAGGGAUUUUCUUUUAUCUUCCAUGAAGACUUACUAGGAGCUUGUGGUAACUUUCAAGUUGAAGAUCCUGGACUUGAAUAUUCAUUCUCUUCCUUUGACUUAAGUAAUCCAUUUUCACAAGUUCUUCACGUAGAAUGUUCAUUUGAACCUGAAGGGAUUGCAUCUUUCAGCCCUACUUUUAAACCCAAAUCAAUCCUCUGCUCUGAUUCAGACAGUGAAGUGUUUCACCCUAGGAUAUGUGGCGUUGACAGGACACAGUACAGAGCCAUCCGGAUCUCUCCCAGGACGCACUUCCGCCCAAUCUCUGCCUCGGAACUGUCCCCAGGAGGAGGGAGUGAGUCAGAGUUUGAGUCUGAGAAAGAUGAAGCCAGUGUUCCCAUUCCUCCUCAGGUUGAUGUAUUUGAAGAUCCACAGGCAGAUCUCAAACCUCUGGAAGAAGAUGCAGAAAAAGAAGGCCAUUACUAUGGAAAAUCAGAGCUUGAAUCUGGGAAAUUCCUUCCAAGGUUAAAAAAAUCUGGAAUGGAAAAGAGUGCUCAGACAUCACUAGAUUCCCAGGAGGAGUCAACUGGGAUUCUGCCAGUCGGAAAGCAGAAUGAGUGUUUGGAAUGUAGCAUGAGUGAAUCUCUGGAAAUAGAUUUAGAAACCUCAGAAGCAAAUUGUAAAAUAAUGACACAGUGUGAGGAAGAAAUUAAUAAUUUUUGCAGUUGCAAAGCAGGUUGUCAGUUCCCUGCUUAUGAAGAUAAUUCAGUUUCUUCGGGACAGCUGGAAGAGAUUGGGAAGAAAGAAAAAGAGGAAAGAAGCAAGAGUCUGCGUCAUAUCACUACCAUAUUCCUUCGCUUUCUAUUUCCUGGAUUGAACACUGAUGUGCAAGAAAUGAGUAGAAGUCAAGAAAAGCAGAUCUGGUGGGAAAAGGCCUUGUACUCUCCCCUUUUUCCUGCAUCAGAAUGUGAAGAAUGUUAUACAAAUGCCAAGGGAGAGAAUGGUAUAGAAGAAUAUCCAGAUGUUAAAGAAAUGCCCAGUAAUGAAGAGCAUCUGUUAGAUUUUAAUAGGGUGUCUUCUGUCUAUGAGGCACGAUGCACCGGAGAGAGUGAUCCUGGGGCCCGGGCAAACGGCCUCCGCAGGAAGACGCGCUCCAGCGCCAGCUCCGACCCCGGAGACUCGGGCUCCGAUGGCAGUGGCGAGUGGGUGGGCACUCGCGAGGAGGCGCUCUUCUCCCGGACUCACCUCUGACCUCGCACCUAGUGCGAGCACUUUCUAAACACUGUGUGAUGGGAAACUGCCCCUUUGGGAGGCCUGUUCAUCUAAAGCAACAACAUAGGUUUCUUCGAGUAACUGAUUCUGAUCGUGAUUCUUUCUUCUUGCUUAUUUUAGCGUUGAGGACAGCUGUCCUGUUGAAGAUUUCUUUCCCAGCUGUGCAUUCUUGGCUAUUGAAUAGACUAGAUGUGCUGUCCGAUCCAGAGUGGGUGUGCAUGUGCUUGUCCUAGAGGUGUCGCUGCUCUUGCCUCGUAGCCGCAGGCCUCUCCCUUGCACUGUGAUGGCAUCACUGUCACUUGUCCAUCCUACGCUGCCAGCGCCACUUCUGCUGUUCAGAGACUUCAGCUUCGGAACAAUUAGCUCUGUUCUCUAAGCGCUGGGAGAUCAUUCUCACCCUGCAGCGGGUCAGUCCUUUCUGGGGGCGGGAGGGAAGCGUAGGUGACUCUCCCCGUCUCCAUGCAGUAGAAUCUCAUGAACAUGGCAGUAAGAGCCGCAAGGGUGUGCGUGUGUUUAGACUUUCAGAAUGCUGUGUUUCCUACCCUGGGAUUGCCCCCUGAAGUAUCAUGAGAUACUGUGGUGUGUGUUUCUUGCUAACUGAGGAUGCCAAGGAUUUGGGGCAUGAGAUCAGAAUGCCUGCCCCGCCUGCCCGGUGGGUGUCACAGUGCGUCCACCCCGAAAUGCAGGCGAGGCUCUCCAUAGAGUUGUGAGCCCAGGGGCGGACCUUGGUUGCAGAUUGUGCUUUUUCUAGUGACUAUUGAAUCAGAGUCCCCAAAACUUGAAGUUGUGAGCGUUGGACAUGGAAUAAAGGCCCGGUCACCCCACAGAAACCUUUGGCUGCUGCAGCUGGCUGCUUGUGUGGUGUGGUGUGGUGUGGCUGCUCUUGUCCGUGUCUGAGAGGAUGUGCUGGGCAAGUUCUGCGUGCCAUGGCCAGCUGGCUGUGCUUCUCCACGUGCCCCUAUGAUUGCUGUUAGGGUCGUCACCAUGUCUUGGUGACCCCAGGGAGUCAGUCUGUCUUUCACAUCUAUACCUUCUGCUCACCUCCUCUAGUGACACUGUGUGGCAGGAUCAAGCCAGGAGGGGCCAUCUUGGCAAAACCUAAACAUUUUAAGUUCUUCUUUUUUAACCAAUUCAUCCUCUUAGAAAACAUCUACUCCGUGCAGUCAGUUGCGUGUGUCUGUAACCUCAGGAAUGGCGGAGAAGCCUGCCACGGCCCCAACAGCCUCACCACUAGUCUUCACAGGCAGCAAGCUGAGCUGCCCGUGGUUCGCUCCGAGCGUUUGGGCUUGUCACCUUUUUCUCAACUGAUAGCGCAAAAAACACCACAUAGGCUGUGGGUUCUUGAGUUUCCGUGUCACACUUCUCUCCCUGAGCAGCCCUGUGUGCUCGCCGGGCUCCGUCCCACCUCCCUUUUAGGGUUCACUUUUACACAGCACAUCUUAGACACUUUACAGUGGUGUGUGUGCGCGUGUGUGCACGUGCGUGUAUGCGCGUGUGUGUGUGUGCAUGGGUAAGGUUUUAUGUUGCUGUUAUUUAUUUACAGACAUCAGAUAAGUUGUUAUGUAUUUUCCUUUCUUCUGGAGCUUCCUAAAAACUGAUUAGCAUCUGCACUGAACUAUAAUUUAAUAGCAAAAGCAAAAAAGAAGUGGAAGUUGUGAAUUCCUAAAAUCACUGCAGCGGCGGUUACCCUAGAAGUCGCUGCUCACGAAGCAGAGACCAGAUGAGCAGGUUUGCGAUGCAGCCUCGAGCUGAGAGCCUUCAUCGGGGCUGCAGCGGUCAGCGCCGACGCCUGCCCCGGGGCGGGUGGAGCAGGAAUGGGCCAAGGGGUGACGGAUUCUGUACUGAUUUGUUUUCGUAAUUAAGUGGCUAAAGCUCAGAGACUUUCGGCAACAGUUGAAAGUGUGGUUUUUAGUUUUUGUGAAUGGAUGAUUACAAAAUGCAUUAAAAAAAAAGUUGGCAAACGCUGAAACGCAUUGUGGUGUGAAGCGCAUUGCAUAUCCGUAGCACUGAAGUAUCCGUUUCCAUUCCUGGGCUGAGAUUUUUUUCCCGUGGUUGUAUUGUUCUGAUUUCACGUACACCAGAAUAACAGAUUUUUUGUUUCUUGUGGAGUUAACACCAAAUAAAAAUUUAAAAAAAA